GGAUGGUAUCACCGACGUAUCAGGGCCAUUCGAGCCCGAGAUCUGGGAUGUCUCGAGUCAGCGGUUGUGGAGCUUGAUGUAUGACCGGCGGGGACAGCUGAAGCAGACAGGAGAGCCACCGUCAGAUCCGUAUGCAGGGCUCGAGAUCCCCGGUAUGAAGCAACGACGUGUGCCAAAGUGGCGGCAGCCCGAAGUGGGCCAGGCACACCCAAUCGAAUCCCUCAUCCUCACCUGCAAGGCCCCCUCGACCUUGUCGGCGCUGCAGCGGCUUGUUCCUCGGCUGUCGAGCAACUCGACCAUUGUACUCCUCCAGAACGGGAUGGGCGUGUACGAGCAGCUCGUAGAACGACUCUUCCCAGACCCGGAGAAACGCCCACACUUCGUCCUCGCUUCGACAUCACACGGAGUCUGGGCACGAGGACCACUCAAUGUCGUCCAUGCCGGGUUGGGCGACUUCUCGUUCGGGAUCGUCCCCGACCCACAAAAGCGAAGAGACUAUGAAGCCUCACUUAAGAGCGGAUUCUCCCACCUCCAGCUAGCAGAUAUCUCCACCAACCCCGCUGAAGACCCACAAUCCCGAACUUUGCACGCAACGAUCCACGCGCUCCUCUCACUCAAAGACCUCAACCCGCACUGGGAAUCCAUGCCCAACAUGCAUCUCAAGCUCCUGCGCAAGCUCUGCGUCAACUGCUGCGUCAACCCCUUGACCGCUAUCAUGAAUGUGACGAACGGCGAGCUACUAGGGUCGACCGAAGCAUAUAGUAUCCUGCGCGCCAUCUGCAAGGAAGCGAGUGCGGUUUUCCGCGCCCACUCAGAAUCUGGGGAUUCCUACCUCCCCGCCACGCUAGCUAUGGCACACCUAACCUCCCCCAAGCUCGAGGAGGAGACGAUGCGCGUAAUCGGGCACACCUCACGCAACUUUAGCAGCAUGCAGCAGGACAUCAAGAAUGGGAAAAUUCCCACCGAGAUCGAGUACAUGAACGGGUAUCUCUGCCGCCUUGGGCAGCAAUACGACGUACCCACUCCGGCGAAUAAUAUGAUGCGCCAGAUGGUCAAGUUCAAGAGCAGCGUUGGGAAGCCGACCCCUCUUCCGCCGGUGAUGAAAUACUGGCAUCCGCUAGGGAGCUUCGAUUUGGGGCAGAGGGAACGACAGCAGACGACCACCAAGGAUUCGACACAGUUCAGGAGGGGGUCGGUAUUGUAGUGUGAAGCGGUAUUGAAGCGGUACCGAAAGCCUGAGGAGCAGAAUGAGUGGUUUCGCAUUUACCUAUCAGUUGCUUGCUGCAUUUGUAUACGUUGUCUAAAGUCAUCAUC